UCAUUAAAAUUUUUUCGUUGACUUGGAAUUAAUUGCUUGUGAAAAGAUAAAUUUAAUUAUUUUUUCUUUAAUUUAAAUUUCAAUUUUGUUGUUCUUUGUCGGUUUAUGAUAGUUGCAGCAAAUAAGAAUAGAAAUAUAUGAUACACUUUAAGAAAAUAAAGAAUAAGUUUCGUUUAAUUUAUAUGUAAUUAUAAAUGAAAAUAUUAGAGAAAAACACAAGUGCAAAAAUUCAAUCCAGUUAGAGGCGUACGUGAUAUAAACAAGAUACACUAUGGUGGAUACCAAAUGCAAUUUUCUAAAUAGUAAAUAUAAAAAGUCAGAAUGUAAUGCAUCCAAUACGGAUGUUACCAAUGAGGACGAAAGUUUACUUAGACAACCACUUCGCACAUCAUGUGCAGGUUUUUGGGAAGCGAAAAAGGCUUACGAAAACGGUACAGAUGAGGUACGACGUCUGUUAAUACAAGAAUGCUCUCUCAUCUACGAGUGCAAUAUGUGUCGCAAUAUGUUUCGUAGUUUGGCAAAUUUUAUUAGUCACAAACGCAGCUAUUGCAAAAUGACUUCGCAAGAUAAUUUCCACUCCUUUGCGGAUCGUAAUUCUAGUGUACUCAUUCAAACAGUGGAACGUUCGGAACCAUGGCUAGUUAAAAGCCGCAGCACAGGUUCAUCACCUAUUCCAAGCCCUAAAACUUCAAAUCGUGAUUUGAGUACAGUAAUUGAACGUUUGAAGCGAGUAGAGGUCUCUCCGGAAUGCAGUAAAAAUAACACUUUAUCAAUGGAACACAUAAUGAAUCCGUUAUCGCCAGAGCCUAAAGCUCCCGAUCCUGUCUUAGAACUGGAACGUGUAUCAUCAACUGCUCACGCAGUAUAUCAGACUUUAAAAAUGCAAAAUGAUUCUGAUAGUAUAAAAACAGAAUUAGAUGAAGUACACAACCUUUUAUCAAAUCAAAAAACUAUGCUCGGCCCCGAUGGCAAAGUAAUAAUUAGUCCAACUUUAAUAACUUAUACUGCAACAAGUGAAAAUGACAGCAAUGGACUAAAUGAACUCAAUUACGAAGUCACUACAAUAUUGGGAGGUAUUUCUUGCGAAAUAUGUAAUAUGACCUUUCAGACAGAGAAGACACUAAAAAUGCACGUCCAAAAGAAGCAUACAUCGUCAACUUAUGUAUUUCAGUGUCCAACAUGCUCAAUGACAUUUUUGCAACCUGCUGCUGUUAUACGUCAUUUGGCCAAUGAACACAAGAAACCGAUGCGAAGAAUACGCAAAAUGCGCGAUACUAUUCUUAAGAAACGAAUUCAAAUUGGAGAUGUUCAAGUGAAAGGACCAAGUCGUGAAGUAAAACGUCUUAAGAUGAAUAAUACCGAAGACAACGAUGUGUCUAAUUCACUAGAUCAACAAAAUGGAAAAUCUGUCACAUCAUGUUUGUAUUGUUUGAAGAAAUUCGAGAGAAGAGCUGCUUUGACAACUCAUCUUUCAAACUGUUCAGCACGGAAGACAUCAUUAAACAAGACAGAAAUGUCAAAGAAACUAAAUACUUUAGAUUUACAAAUCAAUGAAGAAAAACUACAAAAAGAAAUCUCAAAUCAAAUUUUAGAAUCUAAUAAUCAAAAUGAUAAAACCGUGAGUGGAGAACAAACCGAAGCUAAAGUUAACAUUAAGCAAGAGCCUCAAGAAAAUGAAAACUCGGGAGUCAAUGCAACAAAUAUAAAUGAAUUAUUUCAAAAUUUGGAAAAUCAAACAUUUGGCAAUGGUCUACGUACUGUUUCUUUGGAAAAGUUGGAAAUACUGGUAGACGCGAAAGGUAUCGAUAACACAAAUCCAGGAGAAUGUAAUAAUGGUUCUUACCAAGUCCUUUGCUCUUACGGCGAACAAAAUAAUGAAAAAUCAGUGAAGAGAAAUAAAGCUAUCAAUAGUGGAAAUGGUAUAAAAAAAGAGAAGACAAAACGUUUUCGCAUUAUAUCUGCUUCAAAGCAAUUAACUUGUCGUUGCAAAAUAUGCAAUAAACAAUUUAAUGCCCUGAGUAAUCUUAGACGACACAUCUCAAUGUUUCACUAUAGAUCGAGGAGAUUUGGCUGCAGUUUAUGCGAUUAUCGUGCCUUUAGACGUUAUGAUAUAGUAAAUCACUUGACGUUUGUUCAUAAAAUGACGGAAGAGCGCGAAACUAUGGCUGUGGAGUAUGUAACGGUCCAUGAAAUAAAAUAUUCAAAAGACGAUGUUGAGGGUGAUAUUGUCGUAGUUAGUGAUGAGGCUACUGCAUCUGAGCAGAAUAAAAUACAAGAGCAAGGACAAGUAGUAGUCCACGAAAAUGCCCUAAGGACAUACGUAAAGCGGGAAAAACGUAAGAACGUACUUUUACAGCCAAACAAAGUCCUAGAACAUCCAAACAAAGUAGAUUCCAUUGUAACCAAAGAUGUGUCUCACGUAAAAGUAAUUCGUAGAAAAAUGAAAAAAUCUCUAGACCAACAAGUUGAGGGUAAAAAGAGACCAAUUCGAAAUCGCAUAAAAACUGUCAACAAGGACUUUGUAUAUGAUCUCCUCACAGUCAAAGAAGAACCUAAGCAAUCGUCACGUGUAGCUUUCAAGCGUCGUAAUACGAUGUUUACCGAUCAAAACAACACAGCAAAUGUUCAUCUUACACCACCCUCCAUAAAACUAACACCAUACAGAUUGAGAACUGAGCCUUUAAUACCGUUAGAUAAAAGUGCUGUAAAGGGCGUUGCAUCUAAUGUUUGUCGUAAUGUAAUCCAUGAGGGCCUAGCUGCUUCUUCAACAUUGCCCGAAUUGCCUGCUGAGCGACCACAAAUGCGACCUCGUCUGAUAUCAUCUUCACGUAAUGACUCCAGUACUGUACCCAUUAUUGAAACAACUGAACUGGAGGCCGCUCGUUUAAAAUCGACACUCUUUGAUGACUCCUUUUUAGAAAAGUUUGCAAAGAAAUCAAAUCCCUCGUUUAAAAUGAAGCCAUUGUUGGCACUACAACAUAGUCCACUCAAUUCCAUACUUCAAAAGUUCGAUGCAACUCAACAAAAUAUUCUGCAGAGAACAGAUAAUAAUAAUUUCUUUAAGCCGCCGGAAAAGACCAACAGCACUCCACCAAAUUUCACUCUAUGUUCACUUCAACAAACAACUCUGAAAGAAAUGGAUAUAACACCAAAUGGAAAACAAGUUAUGGAAAGAUCUUCGCCGCCCGCCACUCCCAAAAAACGUAUUACUCUAAUGCAACGUCUUGCAGAAAACAGAGCCAAACGAAGAGACAGUGUCAUUCGUACCGCUUUAGAAAAUUAAUUUUAAGUUUCUUAGUUGUCAGACAUGCUUUCGAGAAGUUCCUUUCUAUCAGCAAAAUCGGUCCACAAAUAACGGAAAUAUAAGCAAAAAUCCGACAAAGUAUUAGAAAAUUUUGUGAAAAAAAAAAUACUUUUUUUGCAGACAGAAGAAAUAAAACAACAACAACAUGCAGGUUUAUAUGGUAUAUGUUGUACUUACACUAAGUUUGCUUGUUUUUAAAAACUAAAAAGUAUUAAAGAAUUAACUUUGGAGAAGGGUACAUAAGAUUCGACACAUACGAAUUAUUAUUUUUCAAAAUAAUUCACAGAAAAAACUAAUACAUAACUGUAAUGAAUUUUGUAAUAAAUAGUAUGAAUCGAACAUGACUUUUUUUUUCCCAAACCAUUUUCAUUCAGAAUAUUAAUAGUUCAUAAAAUGUAUGAAUUUGUACAUGACGAAAAGUUUUUGAGUUUUUACUUAUUUUCUUUGAUAUUCAUUAAAAAUAGCAAUAAAUGUCCCUUACCUAUUAAUUUGUUACCAUAUUAUUUAGAUAAUAAUCAUAUAUGUAUUAGCUAAAUUUUUAUGAUAAAUAAAUAAAAAUCUUGAAAAACAAAAUCUGAAAUAAAAAACCUCAGUAAACAUAGUUAAACAUCCAUUCUUAAUGAAAUUCUGCAAAUUACCCGCACAUUUCAUCGUUUUCAAACUAAAAUUCAUAAAGAAAUAAAAGAUUUUCCAAAGAAAAUUUCCAAAAUUUUUUAACAAAUAGAAAAAUAUAAAAUAAAUUUUAAGUCAAGGCUUCUAAAUUAUGUUUGAAAAAAUAAAGAUUAAAAAAAAUUCAUACAAUGUAGGAAUUUAAAGGGCCCAUACACAACACCAGCAUGCUGGCACAAUAAUUUGAUUGUGCUUUCUUGCUCGAACCAUAUAUGACACCAGCAUGCUUGUACAAUAUUUAUUUUUUCAGAAGUUUUCUGUUGUAAAGGUCGUUGCGAAUAAUACAAAUAUUACAAAGAACUGACCUAUUUUGUUUACCGCAAGCAUGAACUUGUAGGCAUAAAACAAUUAUCCCCAAAAUAUUUUUCUCUUGGAAUUCAUAGACAAACUAUGAUUAUUGCUCAAAAAAUUGUAUUUGUAUGAUCAAAUUUCCCCAUACACAGUACAAGCAUGCUGGCACAAUCACAUAAAUAUCAAAUUAAUUUUGAUAUCACACAAUCAGAUGGCACAAUAGAGUUUUAUAUACUAAACUUGAUUUAGAUAUAAAGUUUUAAACAAUUCUGAAUGUCAACUAUAAAUUUAUCGGAAUACAGUGGACGUCCACUAGUACGAAUUAUAUAGUGUCAGGCCCUUUCGUAAUACCGAAAAAUUCGUAUUAUUGAACAACACAU